GUUUAUUUACUGCGGAAAUGUUGAUUUGACCGGAUUACAGAAACUUGAAUUGCUACAACUUUUCAUGGCAUUGGAUGAAAUUAAUAUCCAACCGUUAAUGACUCAUGUUCAAAAAUACUUAACAGAGCAUAUAGCAAUGUUCACUAAAUUUGAUUCCAUAGAAAUGCUUAAAAUAAUUCAUCAACAUGAAUUUUUUACAGAAUUAUGGGAUGAACAUCUUGAAAUUAUCUGUGAAGAACCAAGAGUUUUAUUAUCUUCAAAAGAUUUUACCUCUCUGAGUGAAAUGUUCUUAAUGGAUAUUCUCAAAUGCAACACAUUGAAGGUUGAUGAAAUCACAAUUUGGGAGAGUGUAUUAAAAUGGGGACUUGAUAAACAUCCAUCAUUUGUCAAGGACGCUAAGAAAUGGGAUAAAGCACAAUUUAAGAUUUUAAGAACCACACUUAAUAAGAUCAUUCCCUUAGUUAACUUUCGUGAUUUUGAUUCAACAACUUUUUUUUAUCAAGUGUUGCCAUAUCAAAAAUUAUUGCCAAAGGACGAAUUAUAUGAUAUCUUGGAAAAGCAUUUGGUUCGGAUAAAUAAUAGACCCACGUUAACUAGAUAUCGUCAAGCUUCUAAUUCCAACAUCCUUAAUCUGCAUCAUUUAGCCAUCUUCUCGACUUGGAUGGAUAAGAAAAAUUCAUAUUACAAAAUACACAAAAAUCCUCAUAAAUUUAAAUCAUUAUAUCAUCAAUUAUUAUGUGAGGACUUUUAUUUCAAAUCAAAUAUCAUGGAUCUUGGAAUGCUUCAUUCAUCUUAUGCGAUACAUUAUAAUGACAGAUGUGAAAUUGGAUUUGGUAGCGGUCACGAUUUAAAUUGUAAAAGUGACGGAAAUUGGACAAGCGUGCCUACUUAUUACCCUUCAAUCGGUAUUCCAGCCGUUUUUAAAAUAUCACAAUACGAAAUAUUUGAAGUCGUUAGAUUCUUUAAUGGCAAAUAA